UUCUUUGUCCUCACCCAGCAGUACAACGCACAACUGGAGAAGGACGCAGGCUCCUCGCAGGAAAGAACAAAACCUGCAUGGCUUGAUAAUACCGCGGGAGUUCUUUCUACCAAGACAGAAGACGAAGGAGAAGCUCUCGAUUUAGACGACAACUUUGAUGAGACGGAGGAGCUGAAAGCUGAAGGUUUGAGAACUUACCUGUCCCACAAGCAAAAUGAGCUGGAGCUUCCUCACACGUCUGCUGGAUGAGAUUUCCAAUCACUCCACCUUUGUCGGCAAAGUUUGGCUCACCCUCCUCAUCGUCUUUCGGAUUGUGCUGACAGCAGUCGGAGGGGAGUCGAUCUACUAUGAUGAACAGAGUAAAUUUGUGUGCAACACACAGCAACCUGGUUGUGAGAAUGUGUGCUACGAUGCAUUUGCGCCGUUAUCACACAUCCGCUUCUGGGUGUUCCAGGUGAUAAUGAUCACCACCCCCACCAUCAUGUACCUUGGGUUUGCUAUGCACAAGAUCGCCCGCAUGGAGGAUGAUGAUUACAGGCCCCGGGGCAGGAAAAGGAUGCCAAUUGUGAGCCGUGGCGCCAACCGCGACUACGAAGAGGCCGAGGAUAACGGGGAAGAAGAUCCUAUGAUCCUGGAAGAAAUAGAGCCAGAUAAAGAAAAGGAAGUCGUGGAAAAGCCCAGCAAAAAGCAUGAUGGACGCCGUCGCAUCAAGAGAGAUGGCCUGAUGAAGGUUUAUGUAUUCCAGCUGCUAUCGCGUGCCAUCUUUGAGGUCUCGUUCCUGUUUGGACAGUACAUCCUUUAUGGACUGGAGGUGGCACCGUCAUACGUAUGCACACGGUCUCCUUGCCCACACACAGUGGAUUGCUUCGUCUCACGUCCGACAGAGAAAACAAUCUUCCUGCUCAUCAUGUAUGCCGUCAGCGCCUUGUGUCUACUCUUUACCGUGUUGGAGAUCCUUCACCUUGGCAUCAGUGGUAUUCGUGACUGCUUUUGCACACCGCGACCUCGGCCUCCCACCCCCCGUCACCCAGCCCUGGCCAGCCAGAGGUCCUCCAUCUGCCGCCAGCCCUCCGCUCCUCCUCCAGGCUACCACACGGCUCUGAAGAAGGACCCGUCAGGAAAACUGGGCUUCAGGGAUAACCUGGGAGACUCGGGUCGUGAGUCGUUUGGAGACGAAGCGUCCUCACGGGAGCUGGAGAGGCUGCGCAGGCACCUAAAACUGGCCCAGCAGCAUCUGGAUAUGGCGUACCAGAACGAAGAGAGCAGCCCGUCACGCAGCAGCAGCCCAGAGUCCAACGGCACGGCAGUGGAACAGAACAGACUAAACUUUGCCCAGGAGAAGCAGAGCAGUACCUGCGAGAAAGGUCUCCGUGCGUAAGUUUUCAUCAGCUGAUCAGCUCACAGGAGGAGCAAUGAGAGGACAGAAGGGAAUGGAACAGGGAGCGUGUAUGUGUGAGUGUGACAUUGUGAUUAUGCUUGAGGUGGAUGAAGUCAGCCCAAGCCUUCCAGUGUUAUGGCCAGCUGUGGUCCAGCGUCAAGUCAAAGGAGUCUCUACUCAGCAGUUAUGAGACACCAGCCUGUCUGAAGAUCCAAAGUGCUAACAAACUGCCAUCGUGCAACAAGAACGGUUAAGGUUAACAUGUACUUCUCCCUCAGGGCAGCUACUUUUUUUAUAUAUAUUUUAUUAUGAGACUUAGAGCUAUUAGUCAUUUUAUGUCCUUUGUUGAAAGUUCAGUGAGAGAAUCUCAAGUUUGCCUUAGACUUAAACUGGAACUCCAUUUUAUGGCAUUUUCUUAAGGUGAGGCCAAGCCAGUUGUGCAAAAGGAAAAAAAGUUCAAACUGUAAGAAUUUUGUACUUUGUGAGGAGGGAGUGUUUGUAGAUGCAAACAAAAGCUUAAUGGACAAGGCACCACUCAAAAAUGAAAGGUACUGGAGUUAUUGUCAUGCUGGUGAAGACUUUGCGAGGUGUCAAUUUUCAUACAAAGAUUUCUUUUCUUCUUCUUUAUUUUUUUUUGUUUUUUGACAAUGUUGGCACUGCACCAGUCAACAUUCCCAAGUCUAGUGCCUGGAUGGUAACUGGAACACAUUUGGGGUGCCUUUGUCCAAAGGAACAAACAAACCUGGGUAAUGCUUGAAAAAUGUAUCUCUUGACAUUGUCUUGUAUUGUUUUAAACAUUUGAUACUGUUCAUUAUUUUUGUAUUAGUUUUAAGUAUUGUGGUAUUGGCAGAAGACCCUUGUCACUGUGGCAAACACCUUUUUUUUUUUUUUUUUUUUAAAGAAUAACGUUCACUACCGUUUUACCUUCUGGAACCAGAUUCUGUCAGUGGACUGGUGUGUUCUUUAAAAAAAAAAAAAAAAAGGUUUGAUACAAUCUGAGCUCAAUUACAAUAUUUUAAUAAUCACAUUCUUUUGUCAAUCUGUAGCUUAUUACGUUAGCUGCACGUCUUUUUUUCAAUCCAGACCCACAUUUAAUUGUUUCUGUUUAAGUAAGGGAUAGUACUGUAUGUCAUAUUCUGUAUCUGAAAGUGCUGAUUUUUGGAUGUUAUCACUGUUCCAUAAUCUAUAUGACAGUUUUAAACAGAUUUAAUCAUUUCAAUGUGAAUUCAAUGCCUUGAACGGGCUCUAAUAAGAUGCCAUCUUUUGUAUUCUGAAUCAUACCCACAGUGCCAACUCAAAUAUUGUCAUCUCAAGUUAUUUUUGACCAAUGCUUUUUGUACUUUUCAUACUUUUUGUAUUAAUAGUACUUUGUUGUUAGUUUUUGAAAUAAAUUUUUACAACAAAUACCA